CACUAGGUAGAGUUCUUUCAAUUGUAUUGUUUUGUACGGUAUGACACUGCAACGGUAACACUGCAACGUUGUUGACGUGUUUGUAAUCGCUCUGCGGAAAAUUUUAAAAAAACAACCGAAUUGUUGGGAUUUUAACCAGCGUUAGAGCCAGUGACUUAAAUAGCGAAGUCCUAAUAAAUUGUGCUAUUUGCAAGCACAAAAAUUUGUUUCAUUUUGAUUAAACAAACAAAUAAAUAUAGCUAGAGACAUAAAAGUGCAGUGAGGUGACAAAAACAAUAAGGCGCGAAAAUGGAUAAAUGCCAUAAGUGCAAGAAUCCAAUUCGCGGUGACAGCGGAAUCCGCUGUGAUGGUGUGUGUGGUAAAGUGUGGCACUGGGCAAAAAAAUGCUCUGAAUUGGAUGAGUACAGUGCGAAUGUACUCAAAGAAAACAACUUUGUGCGCUUUAUGUGUAACCAAUGUCACACAUACAUGCAUAACAUCGAUGAGGUGCUCCGAAAUAUGAACUUAACAAUAGAGAAAAAUAGUCAAAAGAUCCAAGAGUGUAAUGAUGACUUCCAGGAGUCGCAGAAAAUGCAAGUGAAAGAGCUUAAACUUCUCUUGCAAUCAAUAGAGAAAAAAUUUGGGGAACGCAUUGAUGCAAUGCAAAGAGUACAAAAAACCUGUGAGGCGAGUAUUCUCGAAGUGAACCAAAUUAAGUCAAUAGCUGACGGCGUAAAAAAGCAAAGCCAUGAUCUUUGCGAAGCCAUGAGAACAAAAAAUUUGUGAAGAGAUAAAGAAAUCGGUGACUGCUGACGCGUUAGAAGGUCAGCGGGCGAAAGCCACUUACGCGGAUCUCUUUAAAGGUAACACUGCGAAAGAUAAUAGGCCGCCGAAAGUAAAUAAAGAGAAGCCAUUAGUUCUACAACCAAAAGAGAAGCAGGAAGUGGGAAAAACAAAAGAAGAUUUGAACAAAAAUGUUGACCCCUCGGGCUUGAAAAUUAAUAGUGUACAGGGGAGGAAAAGUGGGGCUGUAGUAACAGUAGCUACACACGAC